ACACACUUGUUUACAUGUUGCUUUAGUAACUUGCGACAGUCUGGCAACGCCGCAAGCUCACAGCUGUGUGAUGACAACAAAGAAAAAUGGCUUGCGAAGUGAAAAGUUUUGGAAAUAUUUUAGAUUUUCGGAAGGUGCAAGAAUACUUCGGACUUGGUCAUGAUGAUAACUGGCUUAAUGCCGUCAACUAUGCAAUGUCGCCCACUGGCGAAACAAUUGCGCUGGCCCAGGGCGAAAAAUUGGCGUUUCUCUCUACCUAUUGGGACAGCAAUGCCCAGGAGAACACAUAUGCGCUCACCUGGUGCGGUGAACUUGAGAACACGAAUCAGAUUGUGACCAGUUUACUGUGUUUGCCCAUGACGCACUUGGUGCGCUCUUCAGACGUGGAUUGGACUUGUGUCGCCGUUGGACUUACCUCUGGAAUGGUGCUCUUCUAUACGGAUACUGGCGUUAAGCUGUUCUCUCAAUGUUGUCAGGAGGACGCUGUGCUGGGCAUCAAACUGUUGUCGCCGCCACGUCACUCAGAGGCAGAUGCUUUGCUCUACUUCAUCUACAGCAGCUGUAUGUGCUUCAUCAAUGGGCAGGAUAUAUUGCCCAUACUGGCCAAUUGUCGCCACAAUAUGCAACGUGGCGCCUUAGAGUGUUCUGGAGUUCAAAUUGCCGACGUUGUCGCAUUCCACAAAUACAAGUUUAAGCGGCAGCGCGAGAGCAUUAUCAACGAUGCUGCCAUAGUGACAAAUCAACGGACGCCCAGCUACGAUUUCAUUGUACAACAAAGCAUCUCCCAUGGAUACUUUGCCAAGGUGCAAUCGAUACCAGUGCGCAGCUCCCAAGUGUUGGCAGCGGGCGCUGAACCUUACCUUGGUUUCUUUGAUGCCGAGGAGGGCUACAAGACGGUCUCUAUUGGCGAAGUGGCCAAAGAUGUGAUAGGCAUGGCCUACAAGAAUCUGCUAGGCGGUUUAUUUCGACGCUCGCCGGAAGAAGCACCGUCGGAGCAGGUGCCACCCAUGCCCAGAAAGGAGGCGCCGAUGCGCACCCGGUGUCGUCUCUACGAUGGCAAACGUGAUGGGCUCAGCAUGAUCAUAGCACCAGGUGCCAAGCUAGCUGCUGUCACAGAUAAUCUGGAUCGUGUAAUGCUGGUGGACACUCAACAAGCAAUUAUAUUGCGUGUAUGGAAGGGCUAUCGAGAUGCACAGUGCGCUUUUGUGCCUAUCAAGGAGCGUUCGGUGCGCGGCAUAAAGUCACAUCAUCGCAAGGCGCUAUUUCUGGUCAUCUAUGCGCCGCGUCUCGGUUGCCUAGACAUUUGGGCACUCCAGAAUGGACCCAAAGUAGCUGCGUUUACUGUGUGCAAAAGUGGUCAACUGAUCUACAACAAUCACAGCCCGUUGGGCACGCCGGGUAACCAAUCGCGGAAAGCGCCAGCUAUUAAUCAUUGCCUAUUUCUCGAUCCCAGCAAUGGAAGCCUUAAAGAAGUCAUUAUACCCUUUCAUUAUGCACUAAGUGAAACCAAUUCGCAGACAUCGCGGGACAUUGAAAUGCUGCGACAGCUCCGCAACCAGUUGCGUGCUUUGGCGCAUUCUUCUGGCGAGGAUCGUUUGCAGCAGUUUGCUGCCAUUGCACGGCUGGCUGGCAAGCUGGAAACGUUGGAGGUGCGGCAGCAGUGCCUGGAAAUGCUGUUGAAGAGUAAACGCCUGCAACCGGAGCUGUUCCAAAGUAUUGUGAAUGCCUUUGCUGAGAGCAAACCUGUUGAUGAAGCAUCACAAGAGUUUCAGCAUCAAAUUGGCAACUACAAACGCUUGACCGAUCUCUACCUGACACUGAGCAACUAUCAGCAGCCAAGCAGUGAUAACAUCACGCCCUUUGAGCUCCUGGAGCUUUCUGACGCGGAUCUGGUGACUAUCAAUCAGUUGGUCAUCUUGCUCGACGCAGGCAGCGAGAAGCCAGCGCCGCCUCGCGAAGUCAGCUUUCAGCUGCAGGGGAGUCACAACAUCGAAGAGUUUAUCGCGUAUUUGAGCAUCUUUAACAUCGAUGCCCCAGAUUGCGUCACAUUGCAAGCGGACAAGCUGGACAAAUAUGGCAACGUGAGCAACGAUCUCUUUGGUAGAUUCUUUGCGCAUGGCAUGUGCCUAGAGCAGUUCAAGCAGUGGGCCACAGAUGCCUGCAUUCCCAGCAAGGAUCUGCUGACACUAGUCAUCUACUUCUGGCUAGACAAGCCCUUCGAGUACACCAACUGUGAUGAAGUUGUGGAGGAUAUGUCCCGAAUUGCGGCUAUGCUUCGCAUUAUUUGCGAACUGGCCGGCGAGCACAUCAAUGACUAUGCCUACAAUGCCAUCUCGCCCUGGUGGCAACAGGUGCGUGAGCUGCUGCUGGAGAGCAAACAAUUUGCUGGGCUGCUGGUGGCAAUUGUGUGCAAGACGGUUGCCAUACAAUUAUGGCGCGGUCGCAGAGAUGGAUCCUGCGAAGAGAGCGCAGCGGAGGACGAGGAACGCUGGGAAACCAUAUCACACGAUGAGGCACAGUGGGGACUGCUCAUCGGCAAACUGGAAGAUGUGUCUGUUUUGGGAGCCAUAUUAUCACAACCAAAGAUUUGCCGCGCACCUGUGGGCGCAGAGUUGACUUACGAGCCUCCCGAUUGCAGCCUCAAGAACAUACUCAGUGGUGGCAAAGGCAUUGUGACGGAACUCACGGCCAAGUGGCUGAACUACAGUCGCAUACACCCAUCGCUUAUUGUGGAGUUUACGCCGCCAGAGAAUGAAACGGAUGAUGAGCAACCAGAGGACGGCACAAAGCCGAAAUCAAAAUCAAAAGAAAAGGCCAAGAAAAAGGAACAGCCGCCAGCAGAGGAGCCAGAGGAAAGCGAGGAAAUCGAACCAGAACCCGGCAAACCUUGCGAGCCCCUCGAACCAGUCUUGGAACGCUUGGCACUGCUGCGUGCUCACUUUCCCUUCAGCCUGGAGUCGGGUGUGCUGCUCAGCGUGAUGGCCUGGCAGCACAUGGUGCACUGGAGCAAACAGUUGGCCUCGCUGGAACGCAUGCGUGCAGCGCUGCUCUGCCUGGCACAAUUCCGUCAAGCAGAUUGGGCUCUCAAGCAUGGCAUCUGCUGCAUGUUGUGGCAGGCAACGCUCAAGUAUCCGCUACAAGCAGCAGCAAAGUUAAUGCAAAAGGUGGGCCGACUGCCGGUGGAUAAAAUGUGCCAGCAGGACCUGGACAUGUCUGCUGGACUGGUGCCGGAUUUUCUGGAGUUAUGUCUGGAGUUCUUGCAGCAUUUUACCACCUCGUUGGAACAUGGAAAAAGAGAUCUACGCUUCGAGCAAGCGCUAAGUGAGGGUCAGCUGCCAGUGCAGUUUCUGGCGCUGCAACAGCACAAUGCGCUGCCCGAGCUGCUGCAACUGCAUAUACAACUGUGCGGUGUGUUGCAUUUCAUAGCCACGUUUCAGCUGCGUUUUCCGCGUCCAGUCACCACGUUGUUCGAUGCACUGUCCAAUCAGGCGCUGCUUGCGGACAUUAACAAGGAGCUGCCUUAUGUGCUGCCGCCACCUGAUUUGGUGUUGCAGGAGAAGCGCACGCAAUUCUUGUGCAACGCUGUGGCAGCCACAAUGGAUCUGAUACGCGAGGAUCUGGAGCAAUUGUACAUACUCGAUCAUGUGUUUUACAUGGCCAAGAUAUGUGAAUUGGCCGACAGCUGGAAGCUCGACAAGCUGCCCAUACUACGCAAACAGGUGGUUGAGCUGUAUGCCUUUGGUUACGAUGCAGAGGCGCAAGUGCUGCUGCAUGAUAUCAGCGAGGAUGAGGAGCUGGGACGCCUUCUGCUGGAGAUUGCCGGUCGACGUCUUAAUCUGUUUGCCGAUGGUUCGCAGACAGCAUUCCUCAAGAUUGCCUCGGUGGGUCAUCAGCUGCUCGCCUAUUUGGAUAACCUGAAGGAGCCGUUGACAGACGAGAGCAUAGCUAUCAAUGCCAACAGCCCCGAUGAAAUUGAUAUCGCUGCACUGGACAAGCUGCUUGCCCAUGCCUACAAAUGUCUGUCGAAGCGUGAGAGCAGAUUACUGAUCACCGCCGCCCAGAUGUACAAUGCGGUGCGCAUGCUGCACUCCUAGAAAGGAUUCACUUUAUAAUUGCACGCGACACACAAAGAAAUAAUAAACAAGUUUUAGUAUUAGGA